CCCUGGCUCCUGUCCCUCUAUCCCGUACUCAAAGCCCCUCUCCAGCCUUUUAUCCUCCCUAGGAUGAGAACCCGGUGCUUUCUCUUCCUCAACACGCUCACCACUGACUUCUGGGUUUAUUUUUCCCAGAAGCCUCUUUAGAGGUCACAUUUCGGUGACAAGCUGACACUCGGUUCUCCAGAAUUCUUCUAUACAUUAAUUUCUUGGAACGCGGCAUCUCCAUCCGCAAGGGCUCUUUCCGUCCGGGAUGCUUUUUGCCACAGAAGCAAACCAUAUUCCUUAUAACACAGCGCGUAAUUCUAGAGAAUUACAAGCAAAUAAACACACGGACAAAUUCAGCAGAGCCCGCUGUCGUUGAUUUCACGGGACGGGCGAGCAGCGGCUCCGCCGUGAGGCGGGGGCCGCCCUCACGCCCGCCCUGAGGGCGCUGCCCCGGCGCCCUUUUCCCCGCCUCUUCCCGGGAUUUCCCCGUUUUCUCCACAUUUGAGCCCGUCAGCCUCAUCAGGGCUCGGCUGAGGGUCGGUGGGGGCAGUGCCUCCUCCCUCAGCCCACCCGGACCCAGCGGGACACAGCCGGCGGUCCGCCCGCGGCUCGCCCGGGCUGUGAGGGGGCCGGCCGGGCCCUCCCUCUCUCCCUCCCCGCGGCCGGGAAGCGAAAGCGAAAGGCGGCCCCGGGAGGGCUCCGGAGGUGGCUGAGGAGCGGCCGGCCCGGGCUGAGCGGAAACUGUAAAGAAGCCUCUGAAUUUUGUUCGAUCCAAACCAGAAAGGGAUUCCGGGAUCCAUAAGCUCAGAGUCUCAAGCCUCUGGGUGAAGGCGGUGUCGGCUCAGAAUCAAGGUUUCCAUGGAUGUUACAAGGCCCCCAUUAUCUCUAGAAGACAAUGGUUUUAAUUUGGUACCCCCUGAUCCACUUGGGACAUCCGAGGAAGAGAUGGAAAAACUUAAGGAAGAGCUGAGGAUGUGGAAGAACAGAGUGGAAGAGGCUGAAAAUGUCAAAGUGGACCUUCUUCUCUCCAAAUUAAAUGCUGACGCAGAGUGUGACAGAGCAAAGAAGAAGCUGGCAGAGCUGAAGGAGCAGGAGAAACAGCGCAAGGACAGAAUUAUCAGCUGUGAGCGGGAACUCUUGCUGCUGAGGCAAGAAAACACUGAGCUGAAAAAAGAGAUUGAAAAGCUCAAAGAGGACCUGGAAGAACACAGUUCCCAGGAUAAUCCGUUGGAGAUUAAAAAGAAGGUGGCAGAAAUGAAAUUGAAGUUCACUCACCUGGAAGAGAUGAAGGAUGAUGGGGCAGAUAUGGAUAUGGACACCCACUGUGUUUUUGGGGCAGCCACAAAAAUCCCCUUCAGACUCAAUCAGAACCAGGCACUGCUGACUUUUGAAGAUGAAGAAGUUGCCCUGAGACUGACAAAGAUGAGCAAGCACUGUGUCAACCUGGACAACAGAACAGCAAAUGUGACAGUGAAGCCUUUUGAACUUGACAUGGGAUUCCAGUUUGAGCUCCAUGUCACUGUCUCUGGAAAGAAGAUCAACGUUUCAGACAUACCUGAGCUUCCCAUUCCUGAUGACUGGAUGAGAGACAAACUUGAGCUGCAUUUCUACAAAACUGAGCAGGCAGAAGGAGGAGGAGAAAUAGAAGAUGUGACCUACAACAAGGGCUCUGGGACAGCUGUCAUCACAUUCCUCAAACCUGGAGCGAGCUACAGCUUUGUGGGAUGUACUAAAUACCCUUUCUGUGCAGAGGAAAGGUGGUUCAUCCUUUCUGUCUCCCCACAUUUUGAUUUCCAGUUGAGGAGGUUUCAGCCACACUGCAGGGUUUCCAAGAAAACCAUUCUGCUGAAAGGAAUCUCAGAGGUGGAAGAGGACGAAGAAAGUGUGCAGGACAUGAUUGAAAUUCACUUCCAAAAGCCGAGCAACGGUGGGGGGGAGAUAGAGAACAUCAAAUACAUCUCCAGAGGAGCAGCCUAUGUUUGCUUUGAGGAGGAUACUGGGAAUGCCACCUCAGAAAUCACAGGGGACUCGUGAAGAUCUGAGGUUUUGUUCCUCGGGGAUUUAUGUAGAUAUUGUGCUUUAAUGCUCUGAAGUUGAUACUGUAGAAAAGGAGUCCCUGCCUCCCUGAUUUGUCUCGUGGCACUGACUUUGCACAGGAAGUCAGCAAAACUCCCUGCCUGGGUUGCAGAUUAAAGGCACACACCAAGCCUUCAGCAGCCCCUCAAACAUCUCAGAUUUUCUGCAACUUUGCCUAUUUCAUACCUUGCAGGUUUUAAGAAACUCCAGAGUGGGAUGAGUGGAUUAUUUCUUGCAUUCUGGAUGCAAAAGCUGUGUUUAAUCCCAAUCCAAGCCUCCUCACAGUGCUGCUUUGUUGAAGUGCCAGAGCUUCUGAAGGUGGCUCUGGCACAACUCCAGUCCUGCUGAGGUUGCUGAGUGCCACCAGAACUCAAACACCUGAAAGAAUCCUGUCGUUUCAUAAAAGCCACCUUAUCAAAUUAGUGAUAGAAAAUAGAUUGUUAAUUAAAAAAUUAAAACAGAAAAUUAGAAUUAAAAUAGAAAAUAGGGGGUGCAAGACAAAAAAAUUGCACUUAAGAAAUGCCCUGGUAUUUGCUGCCUUUAGCUGUUUGUAGCCUGCUUUGUUGUUUGAGUUUAAUAUUUGUUUCUGUAAUUCAAUUUUUCCUCGUUUUUGUUCACGAUUUUGCUUAUUUUAAACCAUUUCAGCCAAGGAUUGAGCUGAUGCUGUACCUGGUUUUGCAACAAUGCUGGUGAACAGCCGUGAGGGAUCUGGUGAUCCCAGGCUGGGGCUGGGAGGGCUUGGACAGAGUCAUUUUCCAAGGAGGAAUGUUUUGCCUUUUCUGCUGUUCUCCUUGGAAAACAGAAAAAUCCUCCUCUGACUUUGCACUUUUGCCAUCCUUGGGGGCUGAAAUGGUUCGGCCCCAACAAUCUUAACUCCAAACUAACAAUGAGCCUGACAUUGGAAAUCAUUUAUUUUUUGGGGUAUUUGACAUCUUGAUAUGCAGGGAAAGGAGAGUGCACUGCAAAAAAUACCUCAGGGAUUAUUAUUCCAGACAAACUGUUAAUUUGCAAUGGAUAAAAGUUGAAUAUGGAAAAUUAAAAGGCUGCAAACAGCAGAGUUUAUUUGAAUUUGCUGUCGAGUGAGAUACAUGUGACUGUAGCACCUCUCACUGUUUAGGGCAUGCAAAGGCAGGGAUUGAUUACCUGACCACUGUAAAAUAAUAACUUCAAACAAAGUAGUGCUGAAGUAUUUAUGGAGACUGUGCCCUUUUGCACUCUCAGAAACUUGGUAAGGCCAGAUACCUUAAAAAGAGAGGGGGGAAAAACCUGAGAAAGGUAAAAAAAAUGUCAUGAAUUUCAACUGCAUCUCACUGAUAAAUAUUGAGAAGUAAAUCCUUGAAAAGCUUAAAAUUCUCCUAAGGAUUAGUGAGAAGCUGCAGGUUUUAAAGCCCAGAAAACAAAUCAGAUUGUUACAUUGUAAAGACAGUGUCUGUAAAUGUCUUGCCUUUGUCCCUGAUGAAUUAUGGCUUGUGAUGAUUACCCUGUUAAAUUUGAAAGCAGCAGCGGUGCUUUAAAGGCUGGAGACUGUUUUUAAUGAUGAAAAAUAAGAAUAAAGCGUCAGUGAUGUUUCUAUAAA